AUGGAGAGAGCGGAGCAGAUGCAACUUACUCGUCAUGAGAGAGUAAACGAAGAUACAAUUGUUCUUGAAGAAAACGAAACUCUUGUGAAAGGAGAAGAUGAUUUGAAGGAGGUUUUGCAAGAGCGAGAUCUAGGAGUGAAGAGCGAAGGUUUCUUUCUGUUCCCAGACCCAACCCAAAAAGACCUAAGCGAGCUUGGUGUCCCGCCGAAGCAGGUCACCCUUUGGUACCAGAAUUGGCAAACCCGGUGGCAGACGCAGAUCCUCGAGCUCAAUCACGGCGCCCUCCAGCUCAAGCUCGAUGAUGCGCUAGCUAAGAAGCCGAAGCUCGGGUGGGACAUUGUGUUGCUGGAGAAAGAGUAA